GCAUCUCUUCUCCAGACGCCGUGCAAAUUCGUAGUUUGCGUUGUUUUAAGCUGUUUCUGUUUGAAUUUAUUGUCUUAUUAAGCCGUAGUUGCUAGCAGAAAACUUGACAAAAUGCGUCCACCAGAGUUCAAGCUUAACAAUCCGCCAGAGGACCUUAUCUCCGCUGUGAAAUUCGGCCCCAAAUCGAAUCAGUACAUGGCGGCGUCCUCCUGGGACGGAACACUUAGGUUCUACGAUGUGCCGGCAAACCAGCUGCGUCAGAAAUUCCUACAGGAUGCCCCCCUUCUGGACUGUGCCUUCAUGGACAUAGUGCACGUGGUCAGUGGCUCCCUGGACAACCAGCUGCGUCUCUUUGAUGUCAACACCCAGGCGGAAAGCAUAAUUGGUGCCCACGAUGAGCCCAUCAGAUGCGUGGAGCACGCCGAGUAUGUCAAUGGCAUCCUCACAGGUAGCUGGGACAACACCGUGAAGCUGUGGGACAUGCGGGAGAAGCGCUGCGUUGGAACCUUCGAACAGAACAACGGAAAGGUGUACUCCAUGUCCGUGAUCGACGAGAAGAUCGUGGUGGCCACCUCCGACCGCAAAGUGCUCAUCUGGGACCUGCGCAAGAUGGACAGCUACAUCAUGAAACGGGAGUCCUCGCUUAAGUACCAGACCCGCUGCAUUCGUCUUUUCCCCAACAAAGAGGGCUACGUGAUGUCCUCCAUCGAGGGACGGGUGGCAGUGGAGUACCUUGAUCACGAUCCUGAAGUGCAGCGCCGCAAGUUCGCUUUCAAGUGCCACCGGAAUAGGGAGCAGAACAUCGAACAGAUCUACCCCGUGAAUGCCUUGAGUUUCCACAAUGUCUACCAGACGUUCGCCACUGGCGGAUCCGAUGGUAUUGUGAACAUUUGGGAUGGCUUCAACAAGAAGCGGCUUUGCCAGUUCCACGAAUACGAUACCUCCAUAUCCACGCUUAACUUCAGCUCCGAUGGCAGCGCCCUGGCCAUCGGCUGCUCCUACUUGGACCAACUGCCAGAGACGCCGGCCACCGUGCCACAUCCGGCCAUCUAUAUACGCUAUCCCACGGACCAGGAAACCAAGCAGAAAUAAUGUUAUAUACACUUGUUUAUGGCGAAGUUAUACAUCAUUUUUUAAAGUAAGCUACUUAGUAUUCCCUUUUAAUUUCGUGCGCGCAUCUUUGAUGGAAACCCACAUCAGCUUUCCCAGCACAAAUAAAAACUCUAUAAAACUCAUGACGGAGGCCCCUAUAUACAGACUUAUGAUGCCACCAAAGUUGGCCAGUAAAUCUACACUGGUGUACUUGAGUUUCGUAACAAUUUUGGUCAUGACACGCUGGCCAUAAUAAACCUGGGCUUUUAUCAA